AACUGCACUGGAAAGGUAGCCUGGCACGUGCGGGGAGGGGGCAUUAUUCUACAUCGCAUCACACGGCGUUACAUGGCGUCUUCUCCAGCGACGCACUUGCACAUUAUUACUGUUUUAUACCCAUAGGCUCUGUCAUGUUUUGACUUGCAGGCACAGAUUUCGAGUCUGUCAUCAUUGCGGACACACUGCAACAUGCACUGAUGCGCAGGCGAAGGCUAUGGGUUCAGGUACAUCCUGGUCCUGGCGAAUUAUUUAUCAAAUAUUACCAUCAUCGGAGAUAUUUCAGCACCGUACAGAUAUGCGAGGCGUGUGGUAUACGUUAAAUAAAUGAAGGACAUGAUGUGGCUUUCCAUCGAGAAUGACUGCAUAUGAAGAGACCUAUGGUUUUAAGUCUGACGAAAAGAAGACCCUGCAAAAUACAAUCAUUGUACUCUCUGGAUAAAAGCAAAUCUAUCAGGCCAGAGCAUGCCAUCUACACCAACAUCCAGAAUCCUACGACCCCUCCUGCUUGGUACUUUUUUACUGGGAUGCUUUGUGACUUUAUUUUUAAUGUACAUCAAGCCAUCAACGAGCUGGCUGUCAGGUCCCAUUGAAUCAGAAACCUCCACGGCCAAAGUGAAAAGCCUCCUUACCAACAGAAGUGAACAAAACCAGACCACAGUCCUGGUCUGGCUUUGGCCUUUCGGAGAAACCUACGAUCUGAACGUCUGCAGCUCUUUGUUCAACAUCGAUGGCUGCUUUGUCACCGCCGACCGAAACCUUUACAACAAAUCCGACGCCGUCGUCAUACAUCACAGGGACAUCACCAGCGACCUGUCCAACAUGCCACCUUCGUACCGUCCGACCUUGCAGAGAUGGAUUUGGAUGAACUUUGAGUCGCCAUCGCAUUCAUCCCAGUUACCUGGUAUCGAAAACCUGUUUAAUAUAACCCUCAACUAUCGGCAGGACGCUGAUAUAGAAGUGCCUUAUGGAUCGAUCGUUGCAGCCCAAGGAGAGGAGGACUUUGUGCCACCCAGCAAGAACAAGCUGAUCUGCUGGAUAGUCAGCAAUUGGAACCCAGAUCACGUAAGGGUCAAAUACUACAACGAAUUAUACAAGCACAUCGAGGUUCACGCCUACGGACAAGCUUUCGGCGAGUACAUUUCCGACCAGGACUAUUUUCCGACAAUUGCGAGCUGUAAAUUUUACCUGGCGUUCGAGAACUCUAUUCACAGAGAUUACAUCACUGAGAAAUUGUACAACCCACUUUCCGUUGGUACGGUACCUGUUGUGCUCGGACCCCCAAGAGAGAACUAUCAGAAUUUUGUGCAGGGAAAUGCAUUCAUCCAUGUCGAUGACUUCCCGUCUCCAAAAGAGCUGGCCGAUUAUCUCCUGUUUCUUGACAAAAACGAAGAGCUUUACCUGAAGUACUUUGACUGGCGUAAACACUUUAAAGUGAAAAAGGCAUAUUUUUGGGCAGAACAUACAUGUCUGGCUUGUGACUAUGUCAGACGGCACAAUGAGUACAAGGCAAAGAACAAUCUUGAUAAAUGGUAUUGGGGAUAAUCCACAUGUUGGUCUCCGAACCAGGUUGCUUGACAGAAGGUUCAUGUAACUUAAUUUAAAUGAGGGUCUGUUGUUAGCAUUUGCAAACAAUUGACUUUAUUUUUGUAAAAUGCCCCAAAGUAGAUCUUUAUUUAUUUUAGGCUCGAUUAUGUUUACAUGCGUUAAUACCGAGCCCCUAAGGUGACAUUGGAGUAAAAAAAUCUAAAGUUUAGUUUC